GUGACAAAACGCGCUGUCAAUUUUGACACAUUUUGACGCGUAGAUUUUGUGAAUUCUUGUAGAGACUUUUAUCGCUAUUGUACUAUGACCAACUUUAAACCAUGUCUCUUAUUGCAACUGCAUAAAGAUUAUAUUGCCAUAUUUUGAUCUUCAAUUUUCCGAGCAAAUAACAUAAAUACGAUAACAUCAUGCAUGACAAAAUUGACAAAUGACAUUCACAAAAAUUGCACAUCUGGGAAAUAAAUUUCGUAUCUCAGUAUUUUUCUUUGAAAAUCCUUAUGUAUACGAAUAUUCUUCACAUACAUUUAAGCUCCCCAACCCAUAGUAACUUUACCACGUCAUGUGAAUGCACUUGUGUUACCUAUCGAUAAGUUAUAUAGUUAAAUGUCGAGAAUGAAGAAGUUAACAGGUUCGUUCCGCUAUACGCAAUGGGACCCGUGCCUCAUCGUGUCCCAGAUAGUGGCCAUGCAGUCCGUGCUGUACCUGACCCUGAGCCUGCUCGUAGCUAUUAUGCAGGAUCUGACUGGAUCGACGAGGACUUUAGAUCACAUUUUCGAAUAUCAUGAGUUGCAUGUCCGAGACAGUGAGGGGCGCUCGGUGAUCAUAGCAUUUGUAAUAAAUGCCAUACUUGGUGCGAUUGGUCUGUGGCUUCUUGUCGGGAGAACUAAACUGUGCCUAGAUUUCAGCUGCACAUACCACUUCAUCCACCUCUUCAUCUGCUGGUGCUACAACGGCGCCUUCCCGGUGACCUUCUCCUGGUGGACCCUGAACGUCGUGUGUGCCGCCAUCACCUGCGUGACCGGCGAAUUCCUGUGUCUCCGGACGGAGCUGCAAGCUAUACCGCUCAGUAUGGGCGCCAAGGUGGACUUAUGAGUUGUGAAGUUAUUAUGAGUUUAAUACAAAUGUUAUAUUUAUGGUUUUUAACGGCAACGCGCGUGUGACACCCAUGAAAGUGUUUUUGUGUUGUAGAUACUAAAAUUAUAGUUCAAUUUCAGUUUAAACUCAAGUUGUCAUGCUUUUUUACCAAUUUUGUACUAUUACUAUCAUUGUAGCAUCCAUAGACUGCGAUAACCACUUACUAGUAGGCGCGUCGUAUGCUUGUUUGCGACCGAUGUGACAAAAAUAUUAAAUGUCGGAAAUGAAAGCAAUAGUUUGUAAAUAAAUUACACGUUACAGUAUGUUUGCAAACUAGAAAAAAAUAUCCAGAAUAUAAAUAGUUAGUAAAUUUUAUAUUCAAAAAUUUGUAAGAUUUGGUUUGCCAGUUAUAAGUCCAAGGUGUUUGUAUUUGGACACUUUUGUUGUGCACGGCACGAAUGGAAUGAAUGGAAUGAACGAGUGUAUCACAUUAACGAAUAAAAUGGCGGCUCUGUCUGCAUACCGAUAAAGGGGGCUAACCGCCAAAAUCUAAAUUCGAAAAUUGCGGGGAUCUUUCUCUUUUACUCUCAAUUAGAGUGACAGAAAAUGCCUGCGAUUGAUGAACUUCUAUUUUCGCAGUAGCCCCCUCCCCUGGUGUCACUCAUGAAUGAAAGUUUCGUUCAUUCCAUUCGUGAAUCAACCAGGGGGCCUACCGCCAAAAUCGAAACACGAAAAUUGCGGGGAUCUUUCUUUUUUACUCUUACUAAGACGUAAUUAGAGUGACAGAGAAAAUGCCCGAAACUGACGAACUUCGACUCCGCGGUUAUAGCCGUAAACUUGUGAAACUGAUGAAAUAUUAAUAAUGACUAAUUCGAUUUGCCGAUUUCGUUGAAAACAAAAUUGCCAAAAAUGUGACGUCACAUAAGGGGCGGGGGGGAGUUGUUUGCCAAAUAUGACCAAGUGUGAAAAUGAAGGGGGCGGGGUCAAGAAACCUAUAUUUUCAUGUGACGUAAUUAAUGUAUGACCCCUUUACUGAUUGAUCAAAUUGUUAUCACUGAUGAUUGUUUUAUUGUAUAACUUUACACCUCUACUAAAAUAUAUCAUUCUUUGCUUCAAUAAUACAUAAACAUUAAGAUAUAUCUAAGGUCGGGCCUUACGGGCAAUAAGAAUGGGGCCAGUACAGCGGUGUCACUCACGAAUUCGAGCCAAUCGUGCACUCUAACGAUUGGUUGAUGAGUUCGCAUCACGCGUGCGAUUGGUCGCAGCUAGUUGCGUUAGACUGCACGAUUGGCUCGAAUUCGUGAGUGACCGCUGAACUAGCACCAUUCUUAGUGCCCGUAAGGCCCGACCUUAAGUCAGUGUACAUAAAUAAUGUUUUUUACUGUUUCUAAGAGUAAAUUGGUAAUGAUAAACCAGGUUUUUAAUUAGGAGGCUAACAGUCAUGACUUUUUAACCUUUUGACCGCCAAAGACGUCAUAUGACGCGCGCGGCUACAGCCCGAUAUCAACCUUCAUGCGUACCGACAAGGUUCAUGAUUACGCGCCGCGUACGAUAGGCGUGGCGUUCAAAAAGGUUAACAAGUGAAGUUUAUAGGAGUAUGAUAUGUUUAAGUAAAUAAUAAUUUAAUUUGUUGAUAUUAAAAUAUUUCCGAUUAAAAUUCUCGUUGAUCUAAAGCACAGAUUUUUGAACUGCGGUAGGUAUAUGAACUGGUGUAAAUAAUAUAUUAUUUUAAUUAACAA